ACAUGAGCUUCUGUCACAUGAUGUUUGUGAGCCGCUCCUGGAAGCGUUUUCACUAUCACAUCAUGUUUGCUGACCGCCAUUAAAUACACAAGAUAAAAGAAGAAUCAUAUUCAUCUGACGGGAAUACAGCAGGAAUGAUGCGCUCAGGAGGAGGCUGCUGGUAGCUGUGAUGAUGAUGGACAGACCGCAGGAGGAAAGCGAGCAGGACACAGGUGCAGUGUGUGUGGUGAUGGAGGACGUGGUGUGUGUGGAUGAGCACACGAUCCAGAGACUGACUGAAGGAUUCCUGUCUCACUAUCAGCCGGAGCUCAAUGCCUCCAAGCAAACCCUGCAGGAACUCACACAAAAUCAAGUUAUUUUGCUGGAUACGCUGGAGCAAGAAGUCACGAAAUUCCGCGAGUGCAACGCCAUGAUUGAUCUGAACGCACUGUUCACAGAAGCCAAAGUUUAUCACAGCAAACUGGUGAACAUUCGCAAAGAAAUGAUCGUUCUGCACGACAAGACGACCAGACUAAAGAAGCGAGCGCUGAAGCUGCAGCAACACAAACAGAAGGAAGAUCUGGAGCGCGAGCAGCAGAGAGAGAGAGAGCUGGAGCGAGAGAGACGCCUCGUCGCCAAACCCGCCAAACGCUCCGGCGACGCCUGAACCAGCGCCUCUCACACACUCAGCUCAGCCCCGCCCACUGCAUACAGACUCCACCCCUGUCACAGCCCCGCCCACCACAAGAAUCCGCCCACUGCACACAGAUUCCACCCGUCACAGACCUGCCCAUUGCACUCAGACUCCACCCCUGUUGCGGCCCCGCCCACUGCACACAGACUCCGCCCCUGUCCUCUUUAAAACAGAUCUGAGAAACCUGUCAAACCAGCUGGAUUCUCUGGGACUAAAUGUGAUAAAGAUGCUCUGGUGAUUCAUGAUCGUCGUCAUGUUCAUGUGUGAUUCUAUCCAGAUAAAUAAUAAUAAAACUGUAGUUAAAGCUUU